CUGGAGUGAGGGCAGUCACUAAAGACAAGCUACAAGACUGCUUCAGAAAGGGAUGAAGAAAAGGGACAGAUGAACAGCAAGCUGCUUUUUACUGUUGUGGUGUUCUUUAUUAUUAUUAGGAUUCCUUGAAUGAUAAGCAUGCAUAAGUCUGAGUACUACAAUGAAAAUACCACAUUUCCUAUUGAGGCGACAGCAAAAGUCUUUGAGAAGACAAAUUCUUUAGCCUCCAUAGAGACCCUGAAGCUGCCCUUACAACAGCCGGUCUACAGCUUACUCUUGCCACGCUGUAAAUGUCUCCAGAAAGAGUACAUCAAGAGCAUUGCUACUGGAGUGGUUUUCUCAAAAGAUGUGCUUCAGGAUAGAGGACUUCCUAGCCUUACCUAUAGGGAUUAUGAUGCAAGGAGACUGUAUGAUGCCUCAGAUAUUGUUACAAUGACGAAAAAACACAGGGGCUAUCCAGAGGGGGGAGUACACUCCUCAACCAAACUGUCUUGCCAGCUGACAUCAGUGGCUCAUAAAUCAUGGAAACUGAAAAGCACUGAUGGUUUUAUGCCAAAGUCUGACAAGGAAUUUCAGAAAAUAAAUAUUGAUAAUGCCUGUUUGGACCCAACCAUGGCAUUGCUUCAUACUUCGGCCACUUCAAUUGAUGCUUCUGAUUUGGAAACUUUUGUAACAAAGCCUUUCAAAGUGCCAAGUAGUCAGCUGAAAGUGGACAAUAACAUAUUGCCUGCUGACCACAUGAUUCUGCAAAACCUGUCCUCUAAGUUUGAUGAGAUAUUGAUGAAAGACUUGAGCAUGGAAAAUGCACAGUGGCUUGUAAGUCAGCACACACUAAAACAUGAAGCAGAUCAUGGCUUGGAUUCUAGAAAAGAGUGUAAGACAGAGGACAAUAUUAGGAGAGCCAAGGUUCAUAAGUCACUUUCCGGAGAAACUCAUGAUGAUAUACAGCAGGAGAAGACAGAGACCCUACUUCCAGUCUAUUACAGGGUGCCAGGAUUCUAUCCCAGUGAAGUGCAAGAAGAUGGACCUCUAAGUAUCAACAAAACAGCUAUGGCUGUGACAAUAAAACGUUCAGAACCCCCACCACCAAAACUGCAAGACCUGCUGAACCCCCGAGCAGGCAAACACGUACAUGCAACAGACAGCCUGUUUGAGCAAGAGCUCUAUUCUGGAGCAUCUGCUAUAGUGCACCAGAUAGGCGAUAAGGAAAAGGGCCGUAUCACUAUGACAAAUCUUAGUGAAUACCAGAAACACCUCCAAGAGUCAUUUCCCAGACCCCUGAAAAGCUGGGGCCUAAAGGAACCCAAAAGAAUAAAGAGUCAUAGAUCAGUACAGAAGCCAGAGAAGGGUAUACAGAGAUGGGUGGCAUUGCCCAGUCAGGCUGAUUAUGCAGCUGAGAGAGGGAUGAAAGCUGCUGAUUACACUAUAGCCCAGAUACAGAUGGAGCAAACAAAAAGGGAGUAUCAACCUCGGGAAGAACUACAGGGACUACGACACAUGGUGGAUGAAUGGCGAAAGGCAUGGAGACUCAGUACCCGCUGGCAAGAUGUAACAGUGGAAAAACUGAAGAAGGAUCUUGGAAGCCUACAUUAUGAUGUGAGGAUCAGUGCCAUAGCAACAUGUGCGUCAGCAGCUGUCAGUCAUCCUGUAGCUGAGCCAGACUAUGAGAUGUCAGAUGGAUCCCCUCCAGUUUUGGAUGUGCCAGAAGAGCUUCAGCCAAUGAUUACUGCAGCCCUUGAGGAUGAGAAUGACAGAGUUCAGAUGGCAGCAGCUGUCUGUCACUAUGCCAUGCGCACAGGCAACCAGAAGGCUUGUGCCAUCAUGUGGCACCAGCUUGUACAUGGUUAUGAUGCUGAUAGCUGGACUGCAGCACAGGGCUUAGCUCUCACAGGUGAAGCUAGCUACCCUGUAGUAAGCAAGAUUCUGACCCAAAUGUUUGAAACCAGUGAGAAGACAACCAUAGAGCAAGCCUGCUUUCUACUUGCACAGCUCAGUGAAGUCACAAUGCUGGUCCAGUCAUUGUUGGCAGAAAAACUGAACAGCACUCACUGGAGAGAGAAGAUCCUGACCUGCAAGGCCAUUGCCUGUCUCCAUGGACCUGUUUCUAAGGAUCUGGCAAACAAACUCACGUAUGUGAUGUGGAAUGACUGGAACAUUUUUGUACGUAAAGCAGCUGCUCAUGCUCUAGGAAAGCUGGGAAUGGGCAAAGAGGUACAUGAUAUACUCAGGGAGAAACUGGAAAAUGGCAACUCAAAAACAAAAGUGGAAGCCCUGUCCCUGAUAAGUGACCUAAAGAUAAUGACUGGCAAAUUAUUACCAGGGUUCCUUCAGUGCUUCACAGAUGACUUUGCAAGUGUUCGUAAAGAAGCUUGUUUGGUAGCAGCUGCACUGCAGAUAAAAGAUGAUAUGGUCUUAAAUCAGCUAAUCUGGUUAGCACAGAAUGACCCAGUAUGGAAAAUCAAAGCCUUUGCAGUAAAAGCCCUGGGCAGGAUUGGUCAUGUGACUCCACAAAUAAAGGAGCUCCUGCUUUGGUCUGUUCAUUAUGAGGAUCAGCCAGGCAUUCGAAUUGAAGCCUGCAAUAGCAUCAUCAUGUUAAACCUUCAGGACCAGGAAACAGAAGCAGUAUUACAAGACAGACUUAUUGUUGAGCCUCACCCACUAGUUAAAGAGGAUGUGAUCCGAGCUCUGCAGGUCCUUGGAUUCAGUUUGACCAGUGACCAAGAAACACUUCAGAAGAUAAGAAAUCAGGUGGCGCAGCUCUGCCAGAAAGAUUGUAUAAUAGAGAAACUUCUGGUGCUGGAAAACAUGGAGCGCAAGAAGCUUCAGUAUGCUAUAAGAAUGGAACUUCAAAAGCAGCCCCAGAACAUGGAAAUUUUUGAGGACCCUGUCUUGCUCCUUGAAAAAACUUUCUCUGGUCGAAGUGCCACUUUAACGUCUAGGUCGACAGCACCUUUGACACCAGAGUCUGAACUCCAAUGGCAUGAUGAUGAAUUGCAGUUUAUACUAGACAAUGGUUCUAACUCAUCAAGACCAUGGACCCGGCAGACCACAUUCUCAGCCUUGUCACAGGGAAGAAGACAGAAGUCUCAGGAACUUAGACAAUCACUCACAAGAGGAAGUGAAACCCCGACCAAGUCAUACAACAGAGACAGUGCAGAGCAGAAGGAGGUGAUCUACUGACAAGAAAAGAAAAAGUCUAAGCCUUUAUUAUGAAAAGUCAAAGAAUACAUUUUUGAACACACUAAAAGCAUCACUUCUUUCACAAAAAUUGUUUUGCUAUCAAAUAAAAGUUGGUUCAUGCCAGAUUCUUAAAAAUGGGAUUGUGAGUUAAUGUAGAUAAAAGCAGUCAGUUGCAGCUGUGA